CCCGUGCCCCCCCCCCCCCCAUCCUCUCCAUCACGACUAGCAACACCACCAUCAAUCCCACCCCCACACGCCAAAGUCCUGGUGGGGGGGUGGAAUAGUGUCCCAACAUUGGUGUCAGUGGGGGGUGGAAUAGUGCCCCAUCAUUGGUGUCAGUGAGGGGUGGAAUAGUGCCCCAUCGUUAGUGUCAGUGGGGGGGAGGAAUAGUGCCCCAUCGUUGGUGUCAGUGGGAGGAAUAGUGCCCCAUCAUUGGUGUCACUG